AUGAAUUAUGAUGCUUUGACAGGCUCAGUCAUUACAGGUUAUUUGUCUAUUGUGUGCUGGCUUGUUGUGUUUAUACCUCAACUGGUUGAAAAUUAUAAGAGACGUAGUGGGGAUGGACUUUCAAUUACCUUUUUAUGGAUUUGGUUAGCAGGAGACUUGUUCAAUUUGGCUGGUAAGAGUGGUGAUCAACUAAUGAUCAUACAGUUCCUAUUGGCUCUUUGGUAUGCAAUAGCUGAUAUUUGUCUGAUUUGGCAAGUAUUUUAUUAUCAACAAUGUAUGACAGACAGAGAUCAACGCAAUGAAGAUGAAGCCAUUGUUCUUGUAGCGCCAAACACAUUAAAACAACGUCGAUCUAGUGUGGACAAAGCACAUUCAAAGAGCGAUUGUACUGCAGAUAGUCAGAAAAAUUCAUCAAAACAUGCUAAAAUGAAAUUAGUAUGGAUGAAUACAAUAGGUAUUCUUGUACUCAUGGCGAUGAUAUUGGUUUCUUGCUAUGCUUACAUUACAUUGCCUGCUCUUCAAGAGGAGCAUGAAAAUAUUCGCCUUGUACCUCAAAUACUAGGUUGGUUUAGUGCUGCAUUGUAUAUAGGAAGUCGUCUACCUCAACUAAUUAAGAACUGGAAGCAACAAAGCACAGAAGGACUAAGUCCAGGCAUGUUUAUCUGUGCAGUCUUUGGCAAUAUCUUUUAUACAUCGUCUAUUUUCCUUAAAUCAAUGGAUCGGAAAUACAUCAUAAUUAACUUGUCAUGGAUCAUUGGUAGUUUGGGUACAGUCAUUUUUGAUGUUAUGAUUUUCCUUCAAUUUUAUGUGUUUUAUCGCCGAACAGUCAGUAAAGAUAGGGCUGAUUAGAAAACCUCUUUGUAAAUUAUUAUUAUUAUUCAACAUACUUGCAUAUAAACAUUAGUGUACUUUAUUCUUGGCAAUAGAAACAUAUGUAUAUAUAUAUAUAUAUAUA